AAUGAGGGGGGCGGGGAGCUAGGGCGCCGCCGGGAAGGGAAAGAGUCGGGAGAGGCGUGGGAGCGAGGGGCACAGAGGACGCGGGCCCGGACUGCGGGGGCCGCUUGAGGGAGACGGACGGGAGGCUUAGAAGCCGGCAGGAAUUCGGAUGCGGGUUGAGUUCGGAAUGGAGUGGAGAUGAUGUAGGAUGGAGGGAAGUGAAGCAAGGGGAGGGAGGAAAUAAGAGGAAAAUGUGGGAGGAGUGGUUGGGAAUUUGUGAGUAGCAGGCAGGAAGGGAUGGGAAGCCGGGUAGGGGGGGCAGCAGACGAUUGGAAUGAGCGGGAAGGUUAGCAGGAAUCAAAGACGAAAGGUGCCCUGGAGCUGAAGGGUUCAGCGGGGGUGUCCACGAAGGGGAACUGGUGACUUGACAUGUCCUUUCAGCUCAGGUUCCUGAUAUCUCACAUUUUUCUGGCGUUGUGUGGGAAAACGAAAGCAUCACUUGCCCUGGUUGCUAGUUUGAUCUUUUCUCUCAGGCCCAAACACGCAGCUGACUGCCAUCCAUCCUUUUUAGUGCCACGGUUUUGAUUCAUCCUUUUAAAGGGGUUUAGAGUGGCAGUGUGACACACAAAACGUACUUCAGUAUGAAAUGUUAGAAGUUAUCCCCAGGAGACACAGUGUCCCCUGGUCCUGCAGUUUUCAGUUCAAGGUAAACCCAUAGUUGUUUCAGAUUUUCCUUUUCUUUACUGACUUUCCAUUUUGCAAAUGUCCAAAGCCAGGAGGAUGUUCGUGUGGGCCAGAGUUAUAAAUGGCUGGAUAUCCUUGAGAGUUCACGGUUCCUGCAGCAUCAUGUUCCAGUUCUCCCCUAAAAGAUCUCAUGUCCUUCACACGAUGAGAGUUUACACAUGAAAAGCCAGUUCUAACCUUGUGUCAGGGAAGUGAUAAAAACCAAGGAGUGAGUGUUGGAGGGGGGCUCCUUCCCUGAAAUGCCUAGUUUAAACACGAUGUUUUCACUUGAGCACUUUGUAAGUUCAUGAUCCUGGGAACCACAAGGACACAUGGAUGGUGAAAUUCAUAGCAUUUGAGAAUCAAGCACAGUUUCUUGUAAAAGAAUCAGGACCCAUCACCCUAAUUUGGGUUGAUGAUAACACUUAGCAAGCGUUCCAUCCUCUAACCCACAGCAAACGGUGGCACUGACGAUCUUACUAGAGAUUUUUGUCCCUUGACCUUUAGCACAAGGUUGGGUUCCAGCCGAAUAGAGAGGCCUUCUCCUGUGAGAUAUACCUUGUCUUACUGUGGACUCAUUUAUGACAGAGGCUUUCAUUACCUAAACUUUACCAAUGCAUUCUGCAGCCACAAAAUUGGGGGAGGGGCAGCUCCUUUUUCACUAGUCUCACAUAUGCUGCUUGUUUGUUUUGAGGGGUUGAAAUCAGAAUCUUCACAGGCCUAAAAAGGCUCAGAUCUAGUCCUGAAAUACAGAUAAUAAUGCUGUAAAUCUUUUAUUUGGUACUCGCCUACUAUCUUCUAUAUACUGUGGAUCCGAAUUAUUGCAGAUACCUUUGGGAAAUGUUCAGCUAGAAACAGUAAGGCAUGUAGGUAAAGAGUGUCAGCCGCUCUUUAAUUUUACUGGCAUAAAAGCUGUUAUUGAGGUUUGCAUUAUUUUCUCCAAAAGCUUUUGUUGUUUGAGUUGGUCAUUUUGACAGUUAACUGUCAGUUAUGACCUGCAUUUUCAGUCUCAACUUGAUUAUAUCUGUGUGGGUUUAAGUGCUUGGAGUAUAACUGAGAAGUGUUUUUCUUGAACACAGGCAUUGAUCCUCUGCCAGUGAAUAAAUAGUUGGGAGAGGUGGGAAUGACUGACUUCUAAUUAUGGCCUGAAAGGAAGUUGAAUUGGUAAAUUGGAACGUGGAACCUAUUCUUGUUGUUGGUGUUGCACAGAAGGAUUUCUUUAGGCCACGGGAAGUGGAUGGGAGGUUUCUCCUUGAUGCCCAGUGGACAUCGUUAUCUAACCACUCAAGUUCACACCAGAGAGUUAGACAAGGAGAACUGGGUUGAAAUGUCAGUUUAUACUGGGAGUUCCCAUUACUGCUCAGCAGUAACAACCCAGCUAAUAGCCAUGAGGAUGGAGGUUCGAUCUCUGGCCUCGAUCAAUGGGUUAAGGAUCCUGCAUUGCCGUGAGCUGUGGUGUAGGUCACAGAUGCAGCAUGGGUCUGGUGUUGCUGUGGCUGUGGUGCAGGCUGGCAUCUGCAGCUCAGAUCCGACGCCUAGCCCAGAAACUUCAAUAUGCCACAGGUAUGGCCCUAAAAAGAAAAAAAAAAAUUAUAUUGGUUAGGACAGAAUUGUUGUUUUGGCCACACCUGCAGCAUGUGAAAGUUCCCAGACCAGGGAUGGAACCCAAGCUGCAGUUGCAGCCUAUGCCACAACUAAGACAACACCAGAUCCUUAACCUGCUGCGCACCACAUGAGAACAUCGAGGUUUUUAUUUUUAAAUAAUGGGUUAGUGUCAGAGAAAGUGAUGCUAGCACCCGAGUAGGGUGAAGAGAGCUCAGUCAGUAUGCACACUGGUUACACAUUUAGCCAUAGAUUCAGAUGAUUCUCAGGUAUUUUUAGGAAAAUGUUUUUCUCCUAGGUUUCACAUCUUUUUUUCUUCUCACUUAUCUGCCUCCUGUCAUUCCCCAGAAACCUCUAUUCCAGCAGUGGAAGUGAGGAAGUCGUAGAAAAGAGGAUAGAACGAGCAGCCAGACCUCCUGGCUGUGCCCCAGUGCACAACAGUGACCUGAAGAGAAAGGUUAUCCUGAGGGCACCUGGGUUAAGACAGCGGAGAAUUCUGAUAAUAAAGCUGAUCUUGGACCAAGCCCAGCCUCACGCAGGGCUCACAGAGAAAUACUCCUCGAAGGGAACCCAUGGUACCAGAAGCAAAGGGGCACCUGCACGGAGGACAGGAAUGCACUUUUGCUCCCAAUCCUCCAUCCCCAGGUGCUUCCAAGCCGAGGAAAAAGGCACUUUCCUAGUAGCGACACUAACUGGCUCUCAUUAAAAACUGAAGCUAGACUCAAGGCCUUUCCAAGGAAGAGUUCCAGCUCAGUCUGCUUUUAAGUGGGGAGGAAGUAUUAAAUUCAUUGGUCAGGAGUUCCCAUCGUGGCGCAGUGGUUAAUGAAUCCGACUAGGAACCAUGAGGUCGCGGGUUCGGUCCCUGCCCUUGCUCAGUGGGUUAACGAUCCGGCGUUGCCGUGAGCUGUGGUGUAGGUUGCAGACGCGGCUCGGAUCCCGCGUUGCUGUGGCUCCGGCGUAGGCUGGUGACUACAGCUCCGAUUCAACCCCUAGCCUGGGAACCUCCAUAUGCCGCGGGAGCGGCCCAAGAAAUAGCAACAACAACAACAACAACAACAACAAAAAGACAAAAGACAAAAAAAAAAAAAAAUUUCAUUGGUCAACAUUAUUCUGAUAUUUUUUCUCAUUCCAGCCACAUAAGUACUCCACUGCAGAGGUCUCCCUCCCCCAAUAUUAGAAUGGGAUGAGAAAUUUGUUAGUUACUAGCUAUCUCUAAGCCCAGAUGAAAUCUUAACCCAUAUAAGUCGCUGGUCCUCUCCAUUCUCAGCUGUGUCCUAGGAAUGCGACCUCUGAUGGUAAGAUCAGUAACCUGAAGAACAGAAUGGAUACUUGGGGCUCAUUUUUACAUUUAAUUGCAAUUCUUAUCAAGUGCUUGAUAAUUUGUUUCUCGCUGGCCAAUUUAUUUCGGGAAUGUGCUUGUCCGAGUCCUACGAGGACUGAGGUUUCUUAGGUGUAUCUUGUGACUUGAAUGCAGAAUUUUGAUGAGCUCUGGCUGGAUCGCUUAGGAAAUGUCCAAAGUGCUUAUUAGGUCUGGUUGACUGUGUAGCGCUGACCCAAGAGCAGGCAAAUCGCUUCCAAGAGACAGUCCAGAAAACCAGCUCUGUAGCAGGCAUCUCUUGACACCACAGUAUAUUCUGGGGAAGCUGCUCUGCAGUAAUGCGGCCCUGGCUUUCUGGGCAGUGUUGUUAUUCCUGCUGCAUAAUUAGCAGCUAGUGAGAUCAUAGUCUGGGGAGAUUCUGGCAUUACUGAGGCAAAGCCGGGAGGUUUCAGAUCAUCACACGUGGCUCUGGCUCGGACAGCAUUUCUGCUGAGCAGAUUCAUCUCCUCGGGAACUUUAAGUCCAAAGAUGGAGGAGGAGAAAGAUUUCUACCUGGGAAAUGAACUAUCCCAGACUCCUUGGUUGUGUGGCAGCUUGCUGAAAACACUGCCUGCCGGAUUGAUGGAACCGGGUAAAUAAAUUGUCACUUCUCUUGCUGUUGUGCCCUUGCUGGUUCUUUAUUGAGGGCAAAGACUGUAAAGCUACGUCCUCGCGCAGAGGGUGAUGCAGACUGGCUGAGCCCUAUUUGAUGGAGCAGUACGAGAUCGGGAAAGCGUCUGGGCUUUGAAGCCUUUGCAGAUUCUUAUCUUCAACCCAUCCCCCGCCCCCCUUUCAGUCCAUUCUUUAGAACCGAACCGCACUUCACCUUUUUAGGAGCCUGCUGAGACACUUUACUUUUGUGAAGAUCUGGGUAAAGCAUUUCUCUGACUGUCAGUGUACUUUGAAAUUGAGAGCCUAGAGCAGUAUUUCUCAGGGUUCCAAGGUUCCUUUGCGUACACCCCCCCCUCACCCUGCAAGACACUAGAGAAACAAAAGAGUUCCUUAAUCGUGUGUGCGGAAACACUGCCUUCUGUUUCCUCCUACCCUUCACCACGCUCAUUAGCAUAUUAAAAGCCACUAAGAGGUCUUCCCGUAAGCAGUUUUCUAAAGUAGUUUGACACAGCAGUCCUAUUUCCAUGUAAAAGCUAUUAAUAUCUAUGGAACUAGUUUACUUAAUGGAUGCACUUUGGGAAAUGCCAGGCUGUAUUUCCACGAGGAAAAAUAAUUGGGUCUAGUCUAGGUUUAGGCACAGCCUAAUUCUGCCUUUGAUCCCCAGUCCCUCCUACUGGCCCCAUGGCGAGCUCUCCUGAGUGAGCUGGAGCGUGGCCUCUGGUAUCCCAGGGCUAAGGAAGCCUAGCGCCCAGCUGGCUUGGAACCUAAGGCCUUCACCCCCUGGGAAAGGUGCUGCUGCUACUCAUCUCCUUAUUCUAAGAGUGACUGAGACUAGAAGGGCAGAGGAGGAACAGAAGUAGCAGAGUGCUGGCUGGACUAAGUAGAGCCAUGACGUAUGUCAGUGCUGCCUCAGGUGCUUGCUUUCUUCCAUCACAGCCUUGGGAUGAGGAGCCUUGGGAGGGGUCUGUCUUAGGAUGGGACCUGCUAAUUCCUCCUUUCCCCUGGGCAGAAUCCUAAUGCACCUGGCUAACUGGUGGUGAGCAGGGGCUUUGGGGCCAACGUGGUGGGCUCCCCAAAGAAACCCCUUUGAAACCAAUGGAUGCAUUCACGGGCUCGGGUCUCAAGAGGAAGUUUGAUGAUGUGGAUGUGGGCUCAUCAGUUUCCAACUCAGACGAUGAGAUCUCCAGCAGUGACAGUGCUGACAGCUGCGACAGCCUCAAUCCUCCUACAACUGCCAGCUUCACACCCACAUCCAUCCUGAAGCGGCAGAAGCAGCUGCGGAGGAAGAAUGUGCGUUUUGACCAGGUGACCGUGUACUACUUCGCCCGGCGCCAGGGUUUCACCAGUGUGCCCAGCCAGGGCGGCAGCUCCCUGGGCAUGGCGCAGCGUCAUAACUCCGUACGCAGCUACACGCUCUGUGAGUUUGCUCAAGAGCAGGAGGUGAACCAUCGGGAGAUUCUUCGUGAACACCUGAAGGAGGAGAAACUCCACGCCAAGAAGAUGAAGCUGACCAAGAACGGGACGGUGGAGUCGGUGGAGGCUGACGGCCUGACCCUGGAUGACGUUUCAGACGAGGACAUCGAUGUGGAGAACGUGGAGGUGGACGAUUACUUCUUCCUGCAGCCUCUGCCCACUAAACGGCGGCGGGCCCUGCUCAGGGCUUCUGGCGUCCACCGCAUCGACGCUGAGGAGAAGCAGGAGCUUCGAGCCAUCCGCCUGUCCCGGGAAGAGUGUGGUUGUGACUGUCGACUGUACUGUGACCCAGAGGCAUGUGCCUGUAGCCAGGCUGGGAUCAAAUGCCAGGUGGAUCGCAUGUCCUUUCCAUGUGGCUGCUCCCGGGAUGGCUGUGGGAACAUGGCUGGGCGCAUCGAAUUCAAUCCCAUUCGGGUCCGGACUCAUUACCUCCACACCAUCAUGAAGCUGGAGCUGGAGAGCAAGCGGCAGGUGAGCCGUCCGCCAGCCCCGGACGAGGAGCCCUCCCCUGCUGCCAGCUGCAGCCUAGCAGCAGCCCAGGGUUCAGAGACGCAGGACUUCCAGGAGUUCAUUGCCGAGAAUGAGACGGCAGUGAUGCACCUGCAGAGCGCGGAGGAACUGGAGCGGCUCAAGGCGGAGGAGGACUCCAGCGGCUCCAGUGCCAGCCUGGACUCCAGCAUAGAGAGCCUGGGUGUGUGCAUCCUGGAGGAGCCGCUGGCUGUCCCCGAAGAGCUGUGCCCGGGCCUCACAGCCCCCAUUCUCAUCCAGGCUCAGCUGCCCCCCGGUUCCUCCGUGCUGUGUUUUGCCGAGAACUCAGACCACCCGACCGUCUGCGUGAACAGCCCAUCCUACUUGAACAGUGGGCCCCUGGUCUAUUACCAGGUGGAGCAGAGGCCAGUCCUGGGGGUGAAGGGAGAGCCUGGUACAGAAGAAGGCCCCCCCGCGUUCCCCAAGGAGAAGGAUCUGGGUGUCUUCUCCCUCCCCGUUACCUCACUGGUGGCCUGUAGCCCCGCAGACCCGGCUGCCCUCUGUAAGACAGAAGUGGGGAAACCGUCCACUCUAGAAGCGCUAGUGCCGGAAGAUUGUAACCCCGAGGAGGCUGAGAAUGAAGACUUCCGCCCCUCGUGGUCCCCCUCAAGCCUCCCCUUCCGCACGGACAAUGACGAGGGCUGCGUGGCGGAGAAGGCCGCACAGCAGAGCGAGGGCCGGCCCCCUGAAGAGCCUUCCCCGGAGCUCCCUCUGGCAGUGUGACACGGGGAUGGAGAGUCUGCCUCUUACCCCCUCUAUUUAUUCCCUUAUUUUAUCUAACGCCAUUUCAAAACAAACUGUAGAAGCAGCUGCUGCUCCCAUGUUAUUUUAUUGGGGUCUCUGGGGAACAGGUGGGAAAGGAUUGUUCGUACAAGUAUUUUCUAAAGGGCGAACAGAACCAAGGAGACCAGCCCCGGCUCGAUCUGGGGAUAGAGUCUUGGGGCAGAGGAGGCUGCAUACUGAGCCUUCUGGGCCUUUGGAACAAAGAACUAGGAUCUCGCGGGAGAAGCUGGGUAAUUCAAGCAGCUAUUCACUAGGGACCAGAACAUGACAAUUUGGAUGGCGUGGCAAAGCCCCUUCCCCUCUCCUGCGCUCCAGGCGGGGUUCGAGCUCAUUUUCCUCGGUGGUUCCUCCGAGAGCCCACUUCGGUGUAUCGUAAUAAUACAGCUGGAAUCUAGCGAGGAGGGGGUGGAAGGGUCUCUGCUUCUGUACAAAACCUCCAGGAUUUAUAAAAACUUCACCUGGCUUCCCUGGCCCCCUAUUUGGUAAAUAAGUUAAUAUUUGACAUGUUUGGUGUUUUCUGACCUGUUCCCCACACUGGGGAUUCCUGGUCUGUAACUUGAAUUGUUUUUCACAUGUUCUUAGGUACUAGAGUUAAACUUGGCUUUUGUCUCCACCCCCAUCCCCUCCCCCCCAAAACGCUAGAUUGGCUGGGGCCAAGGCCUCAAGAGCCUGAGGCUUCUGUGUGUGUCCAACCCCAGCUCCGCCAGGCACCCUUCAUCUGGGGCUCACACAUCCCACAGGAGGCCUGUGUGGAGCAUUAGCCUUUGCCCAAAGGAGGCAGCAGGUACAGGCUGAAAAGACGACUUUGUGCCAUGCUUGCUUUUCCACCCAGGUCUGGUCUCCCCCUCCCCCCACUCGCUUUGGAAGAUUUGAGCUUUAAAGGAAUGUAGGACGCGGCAAUCUAAGGUCACCAACUAGUUUCUGUUCUUUUUUUUCUGUAUCUGCCCUUAUGGACCUCCUUGGAUGUGCAGGGUUUAGAGUCCUCUACUGUAUUCUUUCGCGGUUCACCCCCAAGAACUGCAAAUGCUUAUUGGAUCCCUCCGUCUUGAUACAUCAAAAUUGGAAGCCAAACCAAUUCUUAAAUACAACUCCCAGGUUCUAAAAAAAUUCACACUCCGACUACACCCUUUGAGGGCUGGGGGGUGGAACAACGCAGUUCUUGCUCGAAUUAAGGGGGAAUAUGGUUCCUGUCCUCUUAUGUCCAGCUUACGUUUCAGGAAGCGCUCCACUGAACACCACUGGAUUCUUUUGUUAGCAAAGUUGUCUUUGCCUCUGUUUUAAAAGGGAGGCAGUAGGGAGCGUCCUUUAUGCCAGGCUUCAUUUCUGGUAUAGUUUAUUAACCAGGAAAAAACAAAGUGAGAGGAAAAAAAAAAAAAAACUUUUUUUUUUUUUUCUUGGUGGGGGAGAUAACUAUUCCUACUUAUCUUGCUCAUGAAGCCUUUUCUUGUGGGAUACUAAGGCCCUGGUGUCUGAAAGCAACCUUCAUGUUCAUCACGGCAGCAUUUCACCUCUCCAGUCUGAGCUGAGCCUGAAAGAAACAUCUUUGAAUUCAUUCUGCCUCUCCUGUUCAUUCCUGUUUUUGCUGGGUUUUACAUUUAAAAGGGAGUUUCUAAGUCAUAGGCCCUUAUCACACCCCACCCUCUAAGUCUCAGAAAAUGGAGUUGAGAAUCAUAAGUACCUGAGAUCUAAAUGCCACCCCAAAAUGAGCUACACCCCCUCAAGUGUAACACUGAAGCUUAACUGGGACUUUGACUCUGGAGAAGAAUCUAGAAGUUCGUGUUGGAAGGGGAGGGCGAGCACUCCACAUGCCCUCCUUCCUUGAAGGCUCCAGCCUAAGCAACCGAGUGGAUAUCACCUGUUCAAUAAGACACAUUUGGGAUCAAACCAAGAAUUUGAAUCUAGGCAAACUCAUUGCCAAAUUCCACGAUGGUUUAAUUGUUCCAAAAAACUAGCUUCUCAAUGUAAGUCCAUCCCUUCACUAACUCGCAGUUCUGACUCACCUAUCCCAAGCUUUGAAAUGCUAAGUGUUCACAUUUAGCAUUAACUGUCUUGUCAAGCAAAGGGCCUUUUCUACAACCUAGUCCAUCUCGUUUCCGGUGCUACCCGAGUUGGACAGAAUGGCUCGUGGUGGCUGGAAGGGCUAGGCCUUUGGUCACAGAAGCAGACAGCUUCAGUCCCGGUUAGACUAGGUCUAGAUAUAAUAAAUGACAUUAUUACAACUCAUUAUUUUCCACAAUUUCCUUUCUCACAUACUGUACACAGAUAGUAUUUUCAAUGUGAAUCCAAAGCUUGUCUGGUUCUCCAAAAAAAAAAAAAAAAAAAUUUUUUUUUCCCUCCUUUUAGGUCCUUUACAUUGUGAUAAUGCUGUAUUUAAAGAGAAUAUUUAAAUGUAAUAUUAAAGAACUAUUCGAAAGGACGGUGUGUUAAUUCUUCAUCUUGCCAGACCACAGCUCAGUUACUUGUUAGAGAAAAGAUGCUUCUCUAGCGCUGUAUAUAAAACCAAUCAGGCCAGUUAAGGAUUAAUGUUCACAAUAGGAAUGUUUUAUGGUGGAAAAAUAGAACAUUCUCUUUGGAGCAUCAAGAGCCUGACUUGCACCAUGUGCCCUAACGCCCCUCUUCAGCGGAAGCAGGCCUCGAUCCUGCCUCGUUAGAGCGCUUCCUACCUGCAGUCCCUGUCUUGGGGCCCAUUUUUAAAUUCCAUUACUAUACAGGUACAUACACAUGAAAUCUCUAUUCCUCGUCACCAUCUUAAAAUCCAGCAAGAGGAUCAACUUCAAAUCAGCUCCUUUGUAACUUCCAUCCCAUCAGAAGGUUCUAUUCCAACCAAUUAUCUCCCCAUUAGUUAGGUUAUGUUGGUCAGUCUUGUGAAAGGCGCCUUAGUAACUGAUUAGGGUGUGCAGAAGUAAUUUCCAGCAACUGGUUUCAGGCGGUCUUUACUUGAGUUUAAAAACAGUACUUCAUGCAUUUACAGUAAAUUACUACAGGUCACUGAUAACAUGUAGGCCGAAGCUGAACCCAACUUACUCUCUCGGUGUAGACCUCGCCUGGUCUCCGGGGCUGGACAGUAAUUAGUACCUUACAGGAUUGAUCCAUGGCCCAAAGAAGGCAGCCACUGUCGGUUACAGUCGGAUCGCUGCAACACAGUGGAGGGAGCAAAGAAUUUAAGACUCACGGGCUGUAGCAGAGCCCAGAAAUUAAGACAAGGGAGGCGAAGGCUGUGAACUCUGGCGGGGGGAAGGGGUCAAGUAGCACUUGCAUUUCCUUUUCGCUUUUCCAUUAGAAUGUUCCCAUAAAUUAUUCAGUUACCAAAAAGAAAAAAAGUGUUCACAGGAUUUGAAAAAAAAAAAAAA